GUUUACUUUGCCUCCACUUCUGUUCCUCCCCGCCCUGGUGCUGCUCCGGGUCACAUACUCGUCCUGAGCCAGCUUCAGCCUCUCCGCGCAGAAGUCUCCCGGAGCCAACUUCUGCGAGUCGAGUACUCUUAUGUGAAGUUUACCAAGCUCGUGUUCAAGGGAACCAAGGCGAAGAGGCGAGAUGGAAAGAAAGUAUCAAGGAGUGAGCUGAAGCCACUGCCCUUGAGAACCCUCUCGAGGAGUCUGGGCUCAUGAAGAUGCCAGAAUAAGUGGCAGGUAUAUCCUGAAUGAAUGUGAGAUUUUUACUCUGUGAAUUUCCUGUGAGAAGUGUAAGAAGAAAAAGAGCAAAGAUAAGAAGAGAAAAAGAGAAGAAGAUAAAGAAACCCAGCUUGAUAUGUUGGAAUCUGGUGGACAGUAACAAACUUUGGUGAAAUUUCAGGAACCAUAGCCAUUGAAAUGGAUGAGGGAACCUAUAUACAUGCACUCGACAAUGGACUUUUUACCCUGGGAGCUCCACACAAAGAAGUUGAUGAGGGCCCUAGUCCUCCAGAGCAGUUUACGGCUGUCAAAUUAUCUGAUUCCAGAAUCACCCUGAAAUCUGGCUAUGGAAAAUAUUUUGGUAUAAAUUCAGGUGAACUUGUUGGGCGUUCAGAUGCAAUUGGACCAAGAGAACAAUGGGAACCAGUCCUUAAAAAUGGGAAAAUGGCUUUGUCGGCCUCAAAUAGCUCCUUUAUUAGAUGCAGUGAAGCAGGGGACAUAGAAGCAAAAAGUAAAACAGCAGGAGAAAAAGAAAUGAUCAAGAUUAGAUCCUGUGCUGAAAGAGAAACCAAGAAAAAAGAUGACAUUCCAGAAGAAGACAAAGGAAAUAUAAAACAAUGUGAAAUCAAUUACGUGUGUGUAUGCUUUUCCUUUUAGACCUACAGAUUUGAUAGUGAAGUGCUUCUCAAAGUGCUUUCAAAAUAAAUUACCUAAUUAGCUGCGGAUGGUGGUGCAUGUCUGUAGGCCCAGCUAGUUGGGAGGCUGAGACAGGAGGAUUGUUUGAGCCCAGGAGUUCAAGGCUGCAGUGAGCUCUGAUCACCACUGCAUUCCAGCCUGGGUGACAGAUCAAGAUCCCGUCUGAAAAAAUAAAAACUGAUGGACAAGAAGAGGCAACACGAUGUAGCCUCUAGGACAGAGCACUGAGCUAAAUUCUUUUCUUUUCUUGAGGGUUCGGUUUUCCUAAUCAUCUUACCAGCUCCCAAAGCUACUCAGUCGGGUUAGUCACCCUCUCUAUUCAUUCAUAGAAUGGGCGUGAUGCCAGUCAAAGGCUGUUCUCUGGCCAGGACACAGGGGACUCCAGCCAGCAUGCCCUAAUAGAAGUGGGGUCUUGUGCUACCCAGUCAAUGAGUGGCCCUCCUCUUGAGAGGUCACAAAGUUCAUCUUGUUGUUCAAAAGCUCCAGCUUAUUAAAAAAAUACAAUUAGACUUUUUUUUUCUCCCCCAAGACGGAGUCUCGCUCUGUCCCCCAGACUGGAGUGCAGUGCCAUGAUCUUGGCUCAUCGCAACCUCCGCCUCCCAGGUUCAUGUGAUUCUCCUGCCUCAGCCUUCCGAGUAGCUGGGACUACAGGUGCAAGCCACUGCCCUCGGCCAAUUUUUGUAUUUUUAGUAGAGACGGGGUUUCACCAUGUUGGUCAGGCUGUUCUCGAACUCCUGACCUCGAAUGAUCUGCCUGCCUUGGCCUCCCAAAGUGCUGGGAUUGCAGGCGUGAGCCACUGCGCCUGGCCUACAAUUAGACUUUUUUAAUAAGUGAAAAAGAAAUUAACAGUAUUUAUAAAUUUAAUAGUAAAUAUGUAUAAUCAGAGUUUGAGGUAUUUUUCAAUGAAGACAUUUUCUUUGCAGAAAGAAAUUUCAGAGCUUCCAAGACCACAAACUUAAAAUAAGUAAAGAAUACAGUAAAAUUCUUAAAAAGGCUCAGAAAGAUGGAUUUUUGCAUGAAACGCUUCUGGACAGGUAGCUAUUUACUUAUUUUCACUAUUUUCAGUAGCCAAUACAAAUGGCAUGUAGAAAACCUAUAUUCUCUUAAAUUACUGUAGUUUUCACAUUUUUGUCUUUAUUUAUAAUUUAUGAGUGUGGCAAUAUUACCUAGAGAGGACAUCAUGAGUUUGGGAAAAGACUGUCAAGAAAGAAUAUCUAAAAAUUAUAACCGAUUCUAAGUAUAUACUUUAAGAAAUUCAGGUUUGACUGUAUCUACUUCAUAAAUUUAUCAUUAUCUUUUUAUAACUAUUAGAACCAGAGUUAGAAAGAAGCAGUUUGACUAAUACAAAAAUUAUGUGGAUUCUGUUAGAGUAGUUCAGGUCCCUUAAAAUAAGCAUAGAUCAACUAAAAAACUAAGUAUAAAAGCUAAAUAAGUGAAAUUGAAGCAGUUUUAUUGUAAGAUUUGGAAGAGUGCAGGAUGUUUAUCAUAGCACAUUAUUAAUAUUUAUUACUCUUCCUAUGUAGAUAAGUGAUGUCCUAGAUUUACAACAUAGAAAAACAGGUAAAGACGUUUAGCUGUCAGUGUACAAGUAUAAAUCAAUUAAGUGCCAGAUUUUGAUAAUCACCAGCUGCUCAUUCAAGUCCUAUGUUGCAAAGUUACUCUUACCCUUUUUUUACAUUACUUGAUAAAGGCAAUGUUUAAUUACAUAUUUCCUGUUAACUAGCUGGUAGAGUUCAUACCUAAAGUCAGUAAAUAAUGCUAAGAAUUUUUUCCAGCUGAGCAAAUGAAUAUGUAUCUAGUUGUAAGAAAUCAAGAAGAGGAUAUAAAAUAUAAUCAGGAUAUGGACUCUAAAACGGAAUAAGCUCAAUGUCCUGUAGCUUUUUUCACUUGUAAUAAUACAGCAUUCUCACCCUGUUAAAUGGAAAUUUAGAGCACCCUUAAAUUCCAGAAAAAUUAAAAUUGCUAUUUGGAUUGAAAAGCCCUUAGGCAACAUUUAUUGAACAUUAGGAAAUAACUUUUAUAAGAUUAGAAUCCAUUUUUUAUGGAAACCAAAUUUAAAAGUAUACAUGUUUUAAUAUAAGUGUUGUGGUAAUACAAUAACCAGAACUGAACACACAGUUUUAAAGCUUUUUAUAUUUAGUAGCAGUUGAAUAUAUACGGCAUGUUUUACAUAGAUUAAUUUUACUAUUUUUCUUUAUUUAAACAAGAGAACCAAAUUGAAAGCCGACAGAUACUGCAGAUGACUGGGAUUUUUGUUUCUGUCUUAUCUUUUUGUGUUUUUUUCUGAAUAAAAUAUUCAGAGGAAAUGAUUUUAC